AUGGCACAAAAUUAUAAUUCCAGUGAGCAAUUCCUUGAGGAAACUUCAAGUAUUGAACAUAAUAUAAACAUAAUUCGAAAGAAUAUUGAACGUAUUCAAGUGUUACAAACACGCAUUCUGGUGAGCACUUCAAUAAAGCAGGAGGAUAGUGAUGACAAAGAGCGUGAAGAGCUCAUGCUGAAUACAAGAAAUAUUCUUUUUGAUAUCAAAGAUCGCAUUAGAAAAAUUCAAUAUGAAAAUGCUAAAUUACCAAUCGAUGAUUUAAAUAUUAGUCUUAGAAAGCAAAGAUAUGAGCAUCUCAGAGAGAAAUUCGGCAACCUUCUUGAAGAAUAUCGUAGAAUUGAAGAUGUUUAUAUGGGACAACAGAAGGAAAGAACUGCACGUCAAUAUAAAAUUGUAAAUUUAGAAGCAACCCAAGAAGAAAUUGACAGUUAUUUGAGUAGUUCAUCAAAUCAACCUCUUUUUCAACCAGCUUUAAUUCGUACAGGUGAAGCUCGUGCAGCAUUCGAAGAAGUUCAAAAACGUCAUGAUUGUAUAAAACAGAUUGAAAAAACAAUUGAAGAAUUGGCAAAUUUAUUUCGUGAAUUGCAUUUACAAGUCGAAGAACAAGAUUCUGCAAUUGCAAAUAUUGAAGAAUCUAUCGAAGAAACCCUGGUGAACAUCAAAAAAAGUGAAACUGUUGUUGAUGAUGCACAUGGGAUUUCAGUUAAGCAUCAAGCAAGAAAAAGGGAUUGGAUUCCAAGUGAUGUAUUCGAUGUAGGUCAAGUUAGUGAUGAUAAACAAACUGAAAUAAAUUCUAAGGAUGGUGAAUAUGGUGAAUAUGAUGGAGAAAAUGGCAAUGUAUUUAAAACUGUGAUUGAUCCUAAUCACUCAUUUAAAGAAAAUAACUGGAAUAUGAUCUGA